UUGUUGUUGUUGUUCUAUUGUUCGAUGUCUACCAUGUAUCGUACAGGUAUGAUGCUUCUUUUCAUCUUUCCCAGCCGACCGGGGAUCUCGGGACAGAUUCAUUUACGAUGCUUGGUUUUGUCCAAAUUCGAAAAGAGUUGUUUCUCUUGUCCCGAUGUAUGGCCUUUACUUUUCUACCAAGUUCUACCCGGACCCUUUCCAUCAGCCCCGCCCCCCUCGCAAAAGGUCACGAUCGUGGUAUCUCGUUUGUCUCAACGAAGCAAGGUUUGACCUGUGGCUCCAUAGGGGGUACUUUAAAUUGCUUUAAAUGCCAUAUAACCGUUCCACCUUUGCUAUCCUCCCCCCCUCCAGGCCCUACUCCCCGACCCGAUAACACACUCUAGCUUGCUAAAAUCAGGUUUUGGAUAUGCCUGCCAUUGACUUGCAUUGGGCCAUGCGGGUAUUCUCUUUUACUAAAAGCUAACCAUUUACCUUUUUGAUUGUUGUUAAAAGUUACCCCGGGGGUACCUUGAUAUACUCGAUUCCAAUUUCACUAUCAUACAAACAAGAGAGGUUGUUCUUAG